UCAUCUUCAAGUGUUUUGGCUUUAUCUUUUCUUUUGGCUUUACCUUUUCUUUGCAUCGUGAGUGGAUUUUAUAUACUACACACAGUCACUAGGUUUAGGCCUAGGCUGGCCUCGGCUAUGACUAUUAUUAUAAUAUUUAAUACAAUUUUAAUAAGAUUAAUUUAACAUGGACGUAAUAAUUUAUACUUAAACAAUACAUUAAAUUUAAAUAACAAUAAUUAAAAUGUGGACAUGGGUGUCACUACUACAAUGAUAAGGUGAAUACUUUUCAAUCUUAUAAUCAAUUUUGUAUAGCCAGAGUUAGUAUUGACCUAGGCUACUAUGGCUAACGACAAGUACGCUUUUUCCAAGAAAAAGGCUUUUUCUAUGAAUGGAAUGACCUGUACGAAGCACGAGCUCCUGUAGACCAAACCAGUACCGUUAGGAUUUUAAUCGUGCGGGAAAUAUACUCAAGAUAGUUUAACUUCCAAUCAUGCCAAUCAGAGAACUUCUUUCAAAAAUAUAUUAUUUUUAGUGCUUGGGCACAACAGAUUCAUUCACCAAGAGAUUAUGAAAAGACACUUCAAAUUAAUCAUCAUUUUUAUUGAUGCCUGUUUAUUCAUGUCUACCAUGUUGAGUGUUACUUUUCUAAAAUUGCUAAUGUCAAAUAUAUCUGACGUAAGACAAAUUAACCAAUCAGAAAGCUUCUUAAAGCAGGUUAUUCCAAAGACUUGUUGACAUACAGUAGGUAAAAUAGCGAAAAUGUUUAAACGAUAAUAAGACAAUGCUGGAUGUUUUUGACAAUUACAUACAUCAUUAACAAAUAACAACAAAGCUUAUGUAGUUAUAAUAACUGAUUUAUGGCUGUUUAUAAAUUGCGGCCAUUUUUGCAUGCCAUUCAUUUUGGUCGUCACAUUAAAAAUUGUCUCAAAUGACUUAUUGACCCAUAAAGCCUGAUAUUGAUGAUAAAAUCCGCAAUUACAAUACAGUUUGUAGCUGUUUUAUGAUAUUGGCGCCAUUUUGGCGGCCAUCUUGAAAAAAACACCUUUCGGUGAUCGGAUUUUGUAAGACUUUUUGUAUGUUAUUUAGCACAUCUAAUACUACCAAAAUCCGUUGAAAAACCUUUUGUUGCAAUUUUUGGGGGUUAUGCCCUUUUUUGAGCUAUAUCUACUCUACUAUGAAUAUUUAUAUAAUAUAUACAUAAAUAUAUUCUUUAGAUGAUGAAUAUGUUAUUAAAUGAUUACCAAACACUCCAUUUAGAAAAAUAAUAAAAAUGUGGAAGAAGUAACUUGCAGGAAAAAAUAGCAGUUUUUUUUUCAGGAGUGAGUGAGACCUCCUUCAAAAGCAGUAGACUCAAGUUAAUUGAGACUUGGGAGGUCAGAAUUUCUUUUAUAUUUAGUUUGCAGUUGGAGACAAAGUUGAGGCCAUUUGGCCACCAAGCGGAACAUGGCAUAGAGCCACUAUAAAAGACUAUAUAAAAGGCAAAUAUGUUGUUGAAUACAAUGAAGAUUCUUUUACAAGGUCAUUGUUUGAACAUCAAAUUAUUGACUGUGUUUAAAGAAAGGGAAACUGAACUGGAGGAUGAUGUAUAUAAAAAUUCAACAUUUCAUUUAUCAAGUGACAGAACCAUUAGCUCCGUAGAAUGUAGGAGUCGGCAUAAAGAAAAGGAAGAGUUGGUAGAAAGUGAUGAAGAAUUGAUUACAAGCAGUGAUGAUUAUGUUCCUGAGAAUGCUUCGAAUGGUGACAACAAUGUUGAUAGAAGUGAAAAAGAAAAAGAGUUUGAUGAAUCCCAAACACCAGGCAAGCAGAAUAGCAAAGAAAUCUCCAACAAAUCUAAGGUUAAUCAUGGUAUGGUCACUGUAAUGACCACUGAUAAUUCUUCUAUAUCAAGUGACAGAACCAUUAGCUCCAAAGAACGUAGGAGUCGGCAUAAAGAAAAGGAAGAGUUGGUAGAAAGUGAUGAAUUGAUUAGAAGCAGUGACGAUUAUGUUCCGAGACUGAUUCGGAUGAUGACAGUUCAUCACUUUCAGAAGUAAUUCCAUUACCAAAAAGGAGUAACCAGAAUGUUGUUAGAAGUGAAAAAGAAAAAGAGUUUGAUGAAUCCCAAACACCAGGCAAGCAGAAUAGCAAAGAAAUCUCCAACAAAUCUAAGGUUAAUCAUGGUGUGGUCACUGUAAUGACCACUAAUAAUUCUUCUAUAUCAAGUGACAGAACCAUUAGCUCCAUAGAACAUAGGAGUCGGCAUAAAGAAAAGGAAGAGUUGGUAGAAAGUGAUGAAGAAUUGAUUACAAGCAGUGAUGAUUAUGUUCCCGAGAAUGCUUCGAAUGGU